AUGAAGACGUUUGACAAGAUCUUCUCGGUUGUCAGUUGUCCAGAAGAGCUAAGAGUAGAGCUUGCAACGUUCUACUUCUGCCUUGAGGCCGAUCUGUGGUGGAUGCAUGAGGGCCCAGCUUGCCUUGAGGAACCUGAGUUUGUUUGGACCGCUCUCAAGGAUCGGAUGCGCGAGAGGUUUUAUCCGGCGUAUGUUAGGGCUGAAAUGUAUGAGGAAUUCCUCCAUCUCCAGCAAGGAUCCCUAUCGGUGGUUGAGUACCACAAGAAGUUUCUAGAGCUUGCGCGUUUUGCCCGGAUGCUUGUGCCUACGGAGCUCGCCAAGGUUGAGAAGUGUGUAGCUGGCUUGAAGUACGAGGCACGGAAGGCCCUAACCGUGAGUAGGCCGAGUUCUUUGAUGGAAGCAUACCUGAGUGCUGCAGAUCUUUACCGUGUUCAGCAGCUACAGCGAGGAUACUAUGAGCUUGCAAGGAAAAGAACCGAGAGUGGAGGCUCUUCCAGUUUCAAGAAGCCUAGGCCGAGUUUUCAAGCUAAGAAUGCGUCAUCUCCAACCCAAGGACCCAACCGAGCAGAGCAUGGAAAUCAAGUCAAUAUGUUUCCUUGCCGUAGAUGUGGAAAAGUGCAUGCGGGUCAGGAUUGUAAUGGCCAAGCGUUUCAGUGCUACCGUUGCCGGGAUAGGGGUCACAAGGUCGCCGAGUGCCCUCAGCAAGCCAACCAAAUGGUGUUGCCACCACCCCUAGGAGCCGGAGGAGCAGCUGGGUCUAGGUUGUCAGGAAGGGUGUUCGUGAUGGGACGGUCGCAGGCAGAGACCGAUGGCUUGGUGGAGGAAGAGCUAGCAGGUGUAUCACUUGUCAACCCAACCCUCUAA